GGGGCGGGCUCGCGACCAAGCGCGGUUGGGACGCCGGCAGGUCCCAAGCUCCCGGCAGCGCACCGCGCGGGGCCGCCGCGGCACAUCCAUCGCGGACCCGGGUCUGGCAGCGCUGCGCUCCGCUCGGAGGGUGCUCGGCGGCAGAGUCCCGCGCCGGGGAGGGGCGAGCGGAGACGCAGCCCCCUCCGCGGGCCGGGACCGGGUAUUGGGGGGAAGGGCGAGCGGCGAGCUGGGGCCAGCGCAGGGCUGUAGGCCCUCUGGGCACACACGCCGCACGCUCUCGGUGGGUUGAGUGGCCUCGGACCUUGCCAAUCAGCAGUGCUGUGCGCCCCGCUGGCUCCAGGACGCGUUGAACGUCAGGAGGAAGCUGCUAGGAUGGGGUCACCAGACGCCUUCUCCCUCUUUCCCCGGAGCCCGCGGGUUGAGCAAUAAGCCAGCCUCAGCCGGACGCUGCUGUCCUAUAAAUAGCGCGCGUGUGCCCGCUUCGCGCUCUCCGGUCUGCGCGAGGAGAGAGAAAGUUGUGCGCAGGAACCCGGGGCGCGAGGCGAGGCAGGAGAGGACCCGCCGCACCAGCCGCCCACACCCUGCGCCCGUCGCCCUGGAGCUGAUCCUGCGAAUUCGCGCUUUCGGUGCUGGGCACCUGGCUAGUCGCCGUCUACCUCUCUACCUCUGAGUGACAACGGGUUUCAGGGAAUAUUUGACCAAGUGAAAGUGGGAGUCGCUGGCGUCCCGGCCGUGGACACAACCUCGCUUUCUUCUCAGUCCGGGAAACAGCUUCUGCCUCUGUAACGCGUCCUUGACGCAAGCCAGACUCGCACAGGACCGACACCCGCACCGCUUGGCACCCGCCGCCCCUGUGGCUUCUCUGUUUUCCUCGCUCCGUGGUUUACCUGGUGGUAUUUGGGUUUGGGUUGAGGAAUGAUUAAUACAUGUUCCUUUGAGGUGUGAAUGUGAGGGUUUGGUGACUUUUAGAUGUCUAGGAACAAGAGUGGGUGCAGGGGCCCCAAGCAGGGCUGAUGCUUGGGCGGAGGAGGGUAGGCUAGGAGGUUCUGCAUGAGCUCCUUAAAGGACAAAGGUAACAGAGCCAGCGCUAGAGCUCGAGGGGAGACUUUGACUUCAGACCACAGAAUCGGUGGAAGUGCGCGCGCCGCCGCCGCCGCCGUUUCUCCCGCGCUGUCCACCUAGCCACUUGCAUCUUCCGGAGCUCCGGGAUCCCGGGGUAGGAGGCGACGCGGGCGAGCAGAAGCGCCAGCCCCUGCGGCUGCCCACGCGGCUCACCAUGGGCCCCGCGCGCCGGGCGCUGGCUACGGUGCCUGCCGUCCUGCUGGUCCUCACGCUGCCGGGGCUGCGCGUCUGGGCGCAGAACGACACGGAGCCCAUCGUGCUGGAGGGCAAGUGUCUGGUGGUGUGCGACUCGAACCCGGCCACAGACUCCAAGGGAUCCUCUUCCUCCCCCCUGGGGAUAUCGGUCCGGGCGGCCAACUCCAAGGUCGCCUUCUCGGCGGUGCGGAGCACCAACCACGAGCCGUCCGAGAUGAGCAACAAGACGCGCAUCAUUUACUUCGACCAGAUCCUAGUAAAUGUGGGUAAUUUUUUCACAUUGGAGUCUGUCUUUGUAGCACCAAGAAAAGGAAUUUACAGUUUCAGUUUUCAUGUAAUUAAAGUCUACCAGAGCCAAACAAUCCAGGUUAACCUGAUGUUAAAUGGAAAACCAGUAAUAUCUGCCUUUGCGGGAGACAAAGACGUUACUCGUGAAGCCGCUACUAAUGGAGUCCUACUCUACUUAGAUAAAGAGGAUAAGGUUUACCUAAAACUGGAGAAAGGUAAUUUGGUUGGAGGCUGGCAGUAUUCCACGUUCUCUGGCUUUCUGGUGUUCCCCCUAUAGAAUUUGAUUUCUCCAUGAUGUUUAUCCAGGUGAGGGGCGGCCCACCACUGAGUUAUCAGAAGAUCAUUUUUUCAUCAUUGGAUUGCUGUCUCUUAUUGGUUUCUCGUGGGUGAAUAUGGAUUCUCUUUAAGGAUGCUAGACCUAUCUGAACCAAUACAAAGUUUCACAGAUUAUUUGUGUGUGUGUGUUUCAGUAUAUUUGGAUUGAGACUCAAAGCAGAUAAUGCCUAUCUAUGCUUAUAUGUAACAGUCAAAAGCUAUCUGAAAGGUUUAUUCUGAAUUUAUUUUCCUGGGAUUACUGAAUUCAUUGCAGAUGUGGAAUUUUAUUUAUUUUUGAAAGACUGGCAACCUGUUCUAAGAAUUAGGAAACUCUACAAUUUCAACUUCAGUCAACGGUUAGUGUGAUACUGCCAAAGAACUGUAUACUGUGUUGAUAUAUUGAUUACACUUGUUUUGAUUCCUUUGGAAUUAGUUUGUUUUGUUAUGUUAAGAUAACUGGGAAUUGUUUUUCAGUGACUGGCAUUGUGUUUUACCUACAAAUAAGGUAAUGAAUGGCUUGCCCACAAAUUUACCUUGACUAUGAGAUCAUCAAAAAAAAAAAAAAAGAAUUCUUCAUAGUUGUAUUUUAAUUAUAUAUGUGAAAGAGUCAUAUUUUCCAAAUUAUAUUUUCUAAUAGGAAGAAUAGAUCAUAAAUCUGACAAGGAAAAAGUUGCUUACCCGAAUUCUAAAUACUCAAUCCCUAAACCUCAGCAAAACAGCGUCCUUCCGAAGGAAAUCUUAUACAUUAUUGCUCAACUUUAAUUAACAUGAUUGAUAAUAACCACUUUAUUAAAAACCUGAGGGUGUUUUUUCCCUUAGACAUGGCCACUUUAUUAGCUGGUGGUGGGAUACUCUUGUUUUUAAUUAUACCUAUUUUUCAAACCUUGUGUUGUAUUUGAAGUAUUAUCUGGUUUUGCCUUAACUCCUUGAAUUGUAUAUAUUUAUCUGUUUAGUUAAUAUUUAAGUCAAAUAUCCCAUAUCUAAAUUUAGUGCAAGAUUUUAUUUUGUCUUUUGUAUAGAUUAUAUGAAUUCAUAAAAUUAUUUAUGUCUCUGUUACAGAAUAAAGGUUAUUAUAUGUUAGUUGAA